UGACAUAUGACACCCAAUAAAUAAAUUAUUUCUCAACAAAAGUCCGUAGUGUUUAUGUUAAUUUAAGCCCUAAAAACAACCGUAAAAAUGUCCGACGAACUGCAAAAUUACCAACUGCAACUCCAACAGGUCGAGGCCGCUUUGUUGACGGACCCCGAAAACCAGGAACUCCAGAAAUUGAAAGUGGAUUUACAGGAGGUGAUCGAGCUGACUUUAGACUUGAAAAGCAAAGCCGAAGAGGCCGCCAAUCAACCCGAAUACACCGAGCCCGUUGGAGUAACGGAGGAAGACGAGAUCACCAAAUCCCUCCUUGCAGUAGAGGAAUUCGUAGCCAGGAAUCGAACGAAGAAGAAGUGGCGGAUCGGAGACAUAUGCAUGGCGAAAUGGGGCGAAAACGGGCAAUUCUCCGAAGCUAGAAUCGACGCCAUCAACCCCGACGGGCAAGUAAACGUAACCUUCGAAACCUACAAGAAUCGAGGCGUCACCAGUUUAUCCGAAUUGCGCGAAUUCACCGGACAGAAGCGCGUCCUGUCGGAAUCGGAGAAGAUGAAGAAGGCCAAACUGCACGACAAAGAGUACCUAAAGAAGAAGAAGCUGAAGAAGCAGCAGAGGUUCAAGGAGCUCGAGGAGGAGCGCGAAGGAGAGAAGAAGAAAUGGCUGGCGUUCGCCAACAAAGCGGUGAAGAACAAGAAGACGGGCUUGAAGACGAAGAGCAUCUUCGCUUCACCGGAUUCGGUUAAUGGUAGAGUUGGUAUCGGAACUUGCGGGAUUAGCGGGAAGCCGAUGACCGAGUUUUCUUCGGCAGAAAAGUGGAGAAAAGGGACUUAAUUUUUUAUCAGAAAUUAAUUGGGAUUUAGUAAUGGAUCGUGUUAAUAUUAUUUAAGGAGAAAUCGUGUUUUGUUUAUGUAUAGUUCCGUAUUUUUAUUUUCUUCUAGCAUAAUUUCGCUAGUUAUGCGGGGAUUCGAUUUUAAUUGAGAAAAAUUGUAAUUUCAAGUUAAAAAAAUACUUUUACAAUAAACAAUUAUGUAUAAAAUUCUUUGCGCAAUUCGCAUGAAAGUGCAUUAUAUUCGUUUC